AGCCACUCUGUUCACAGUAGAAUCAGAUCUGAGAAACCAGCUUCUUAAUCAUUGGGCCGCCAUUAACGAAAUCUACUCUUUUUUCUGGAGCCCGUCAUCAUCUACCUACCUUCCUUGGAAUUUUAUUACCUGCCCGAACAAUUCCUUGAAUCUGGGUUUGCUCUCUUCCUCCGCCAAAAGGGCUGAGACAAUAUCUGUGUUGAACAAGCUAGAUUGCCAUGUCUGGAAUUCUGGGUCGUAAGAUGGCCUCUACAGGCAUUUCUGCCCUGAUUGCGAAUCGGUUUUUGAUGAGAAGUAGCUUGUUCGCAUCCCGGAGUUUUGCUUCAUCUUCUAAACAGAUGACAGUGCGUGAUGCCUUGAAUUCUGCACUUGAUGAAGAAAUGUCAGCAGAUCCUAAAGUCUUUAUAAUGGGUGAAGAAGUUGGUGAGUACCAGGGAGCAUACAAGAUUUCAAAAGGGCUUUUGGAUAAAUAUGGCCCGGAGAGAGUUAUUGAUACACCCAUUACUGAGGCUGGAUUCACUGGGAUUGGAGUUGGUGCAGCUUAUUAUGGUCUGAAGCCUAUUGUAGAGUUCAUGACAUUUAACUUUUCAAUGCAGGCAAUCGAUCAUAUUAUUAAUUCUGCUGCAAAAUCAAACUACAUGUCUGCUGGUCAAAUAUCUGUGCCUAUUGUUUUUAGAGGCCCUAAUGGAGCUGCAGCUGGUGUUGGUGCCCAACAUUCUCAGUGUUAUGCAGCAUGGUAUGCUUCAGUUCCAGGGCUUAAGGUGCUAACUCCAUACUCUUCAGAAGAUGCCCGUGGCCUCCUUAAAGCCGCUAUUAGGGAUCCCGACCCUGUCGUUUUUCUUGAAAAUGAAUUGCUAUAUGGUGAGUCCUUCCCCGUUUCAGAUGAAGUUCUUGAUUCAAGUUUCUGCCUUCCAAUUGGGAAAGCUAAAAUUGAACGUGAAGGUAAAGAUGUGACAAUCACCGCUUUCUCAAAAAUGGUUGGCUAUGCUUUAAAGGCUGCUGAGAUUCUUGCCAAGGAAGGAAUCAGUGCUGAGGUUAUAAACCUGCGUUCAAUCAGACCUCUUGAUAGAUCCACCAUCAACUCUUCUGUUAGGAAAACCAACCGACUUGUCACUGUUGAAGAAGGGUUCCCCCAACACGGCGUCGGCGCUGAGAUCUGUGCAACGGUUGUGGAGGAAAGCUUUGGAUACCUUGAUGCACCUGUUGAAAGGAUAGCAGGAGCUGAUGUUCCCAUGCCAUAUGCAGCAAACCUUGAAAGGUUGGCUGUUCCACAGGUUGAGGACAUAGUUCGUGCGGCGAAGAGGGCGUGCUAUCGAUCCGCUCCCGUGGCUGCCGCUGCGUAGAAAUUCAAAUGCAGUUUUUUGUUAAAAAAAAAACUCUUUAUUCCAUUUUGUAGUCUGGAUAUAUAUUCUUUUGUCCACUUCGGUGUCGUCGAAGGGUUUGGCUGUUUCCUUGAAACUUCACCAUGGAUAUGCAGAUUUCCUGCCCAUGGAAAUCCAGUCUCAGAACAUUUCUUUUUUAAAAUAUUGAAUAAAGAUUUGGGCAAAUUUGCCCCUAGUUGAUUAUUGUUUACAUUGGAGAUAUAUCAAAAAGAAGAACUGUUAUGAGAUGAACUGCUUGUGUCCUUUGAAAGGCUUGAAACUGCCCCCCUCCACAGCUUCUAUUUUACCAGGCUAAUUUGGUGAGUUUUGGAGGAUUAAUAAUAUGAUAUGGGUUUU